UUACUAAUACAAAUUCAGCCAUGAUUAAUUUCCCAAAAUCUCUCAGAUAUUCAUCAUUAGCCCUUUUCAAACAUGCCAUCUCUGCUAAUCCUUGGCCUAAUUCCCCUCUUUUUCUCUGAAACAAACCUCUUUAUCUCCUGUGUUUUCUAGAAUUAGUAUAAUUUUGUGUUGGAUUAACAAUUAAUUAAUCAAAUCAAAUCAAUGGGUGGUGGAGAGAGAAGUAUACUUCACUUUCCACACCUCCAUAUUCAUCAAAGUGGAAAGAGUAAACAGGGUAAAAGAGAUGUGCCGAAAGGAUACCUGGCGAUUAAAGUAGGGCAAGCAGAGGAAGAGCAACAGCGAUUCAUCGUCCCUGUUUCCUACUUCAAUCAUCCGCUUUUCAUUCAAUUACUCAAAGAGGCAGAGGAAGUUUAUGGAUUUCAUCACAAGGGAACGAUUACGAUUCCUUGCCAUGUUGAACAAUUUCGAUGUGUUCAAGGCAAAAUUGAUAAACACCAGCACAAUCUUCAUGUUCCGUGUUUUAGGGCAUGAGGAGUUUUUUUUUUUUCUUUUUGUUGCUUUCGGUGGAGGCGGUUAGUGAUAAUGACGACAAACUUUUUCUGUUUCGGUUUCUGGAUGGUUUGUUAUGAUGGGUCACUGGAGUUGUUACCUCAAGUAAUUUAGUGAAAUGAAAUUUUAGUUACUUUCUCCUU